AUGACAGCGAAUGAUUGUUUAUUCAAAUACAAGGAUGGGUAUAUCCUCUUGGAAGACUUGGAAUCUUGGUACUCCCAUGGCUUUGUCACUGCACAGGAUAGAAUCCAGAUUUUCCAGGGAACGGUAUCAGUGAACUAUAAAAUCAGCGCCUUGAUGAUGCUCUACGGCGAUCGGUUCCCAUUCCGAAGGAUACCGAAAAACGGAGUAGACCCACUGGUUGCAUGCUCGUCUAGUGGAGAUGUGCGAGAAGAAAAUGAUAAGGAUGUUUCUCCAUCCACUAGCCCUCUCAUGCCGCCACCUCGGGCACCUUCCCCUAUCAUCCAGAAUUCAUUUCCACCCAAGAAAUUGGGCGGUGCAUUUGGUGCUAAACACGGGGCGAAUUCUGUUUCAGCUCCCAAAGAAGUCACUCAGCGGAACCCAUCAUUUUCUUCAGAAGCCAUUGAUAGACCCCCACGACCGCCUCAGAAUAAAAUAAUGGAAGAUUCGAAUUGGCAGUACCGAGACUAUCCGUUGUAUAAUGUGGACGAUGAGCCAGAUGAUGAUCAAAAAAUUACUGGUAACGAUGUAAUUGAUGAAAUGAGAAAACUGAAAGAAUUGGCUCCUCUCAAUGAGUAUCCCAAAGGAGAUUUUGACUAUUUCGUUUUCCUUCACCGUAAAAACUACCGGAGAACCGGCCUGAAACCUUCUGUUGCAAUCUGUCGUCUCUGCAAUUACACACCCUUCAGUGGUCAUUUGUUCCUGAAACAUUUGUUCAAUGAAGAUCACAUUCAAGCUUUGUCUAAGUACAUGAUAUCAAAAAGUUCAUUCCAAUUUUGGGAGGAUCACUUUGAUCAGUAUAAACAACAAGCUUCCGGCAGGGGUUAUGAGCCUACGGAAACUAAAUCAACAUUUAUGAAAGGAAAACCAACUGCGGAUUUCUUCCCCACCAUUCCAUUAUUCUCAUCUGACGUGAGCACUGAUAUUCCAAAGCUCGAUCCAUCUAUUGUGUCUACACUAUUAUCCCUAGCAGCUGACUGGCAAUGGCGAGAAGACCAAACCUAUUUGCCUAAAUAUUACAAAUCAGUAACGAUUCCGACAUUUUGUGAUGUUUGUCAAGAAGAGGUAGAAUGGCACAAGACACGGUUCACAAAACAUAUAAUAUCCGAAAAACAUCUCAGUGGCUUAACAGGAAUAUCUCGGAAAGAACUAAACUUCUGGGUAAAUAUUUUGACCUUGGAAGGUAAAGAAACCAAGCUCCGUCAUACGGAUAGAACGAGAAUAUUGGAAUUUAGAAAUCCCCGUCCAAUCCCAUUAAUCGAUUUCAAACUAGAAUCGCCUCUUCUAGAAGAAAGAAUGCGAGCUUCUAGAAUUAAAGAAUUAGAAACUAUUUUUAAUAAAAUAGAUAGAAAAAGAGCGAACGAGUCGGUAUCUGGAAUGCUUGACGCAUCAGGCAACUCACUAAAUCAAGAUAUCGCUUGUUUUGCAUGUGAUCUACCGAGAAACCACUUCAAAACACAGUUGCACUUAGUGGAUCACCUCUUUACGGAGAAACAUUUGAAUUAUCUUCGAGUCAUUGGUUUUUCUGAAAAAGCGUUCCUCUGGUGGAAGAAAUUUUUGAGUGUUUUCCCAACCGUUAGUAUUCCAUCCCAGCAACCUACUGCUGCUCAAGAUCCUCCAACCAAAAAUAUAUCUGGGAAUAUUCCACGUGUUCCGCUAUUAGAUUUUCCACUCGAUGGCGCUAAGAAAUCAACCCAGCAAGAAUUCGUUUUGAGCAUUCGAACUAUGGUAUCUUCCCUAAAAAGCUCAGGAAAAGGAAUUGCGACGAAUAAAAUCGUCAACUGGAAAUGUGCAUACUGUUGUUCUAAAAAGCAACCAAGCAUAAUAUUGAGAACGGAACUCGAAGCUUUCCAACAUAUUGUGUCACAGAAGCAUUUGGAAAAAAUGAAAUUCGUUGGUGCUUUGGACGAUUUGAAUUACUGGAAGAAGCAGGUUAUCGAUAUUAAUUCUGUUAUAAAUGAAAAAACCGUUAUUCCGUCAAACGUGCCACGAGUCCCUAUGCUAGACCGGAUUUCGCCAAACGCGAAAUUCAUCCCGUUAAAUAAGGAAUUAUUAUUACAUCUCAUGAAAUAUAGAGACAAGUUCGAAGGAAAAUAUUUGGAGAGAGCAAAGGCUAUGAAAAUCAAUUGGAGAUGCACGUUUUGUAGAGAGCCAGGAGUUGCAACGUUUUUCUCAUAUAAACUGUACGCCUACUAUCACAUUCUUCUACCCCAGCAUUGGAAAAAUAUGGGUAGCAAAACAACGAAGGAAGAUCUGGCCUAUUGGACUGAUUGGGUGAAAGCAAUAUUUUCCCCAAGCUAUACAAUGCCGCAAAAAAUACCUGCAACAUUCAAAGAACCUCCCAAAAAAGUUGGAGCACAAUUGCUACUUCAAAAUAACCCACGUGCGGCAUUGAUUGAUGACAUGCCGAAAGGAGCAGUGGCUGUUUCAAAAGAAAAAUUCAAUGAAAUGCUCAACGAGUGUCAACGAAAGUUCAAAAGUGGUGGAAAAGCAAUGUUAAUUGAUAGGGCUUCAGUAGUUACCCACUGGAACUGCUCAUUCUGCAGUACGAGCACAAAAAAAUUCUCGUUGAGCAAUCAACUGGACGCAUUUUGUCAUAUUGUUAAAGAAAGUCACCGGGAAAAGAUGCAAUACACCGCAUGUCUAUCAGAUCUGGAGUACUGGAAGACAUGGGUUGACAAGUUAUACGCUAAACAUGUAGUAGGAAGUGUUCCGGUACAAAAACCAACGGAAGUGAAAACAAAUAAUCCCCGAAUCCCACUUCUGGAUAAACCACGCAACUUAGAUUACAGUAUGACACAAUCUGUCUAUUUAACUCGAUACAAUGCAAUCCAAACCAAACUCCGAUCUCUGAAAUCCAACAAAGCCACUGAUCAGAAAGUGGACUGUACUUGUUAUUAUUGCCCAGGUGGUCCGAAAAUGUUUACAAUCUAUGAAGUGAUGUUACAUGUUUUCGACGGGAGACAUUUCUCAUAUAUUCACUGUUUGGGUUUACCUUCUGACUUUGAGUAUUUCGAUGAUCUGAUUAAAACUAUGCCAAGCAAUGUCACCCCACCAGUAGAAGUGGUUCACGCUCAAUGUAUGAUGAGUUUUGCAAAUGAUGCGACACCGAAAAUUAGCAGACCAUCCCCGAGACCUGCACCGUCUGUGACAACAACAAUUACUGCAAGACCACCUGUAUCGUCGACGAAAACGCUCCCAAUAUCAGUAGUCAAUCCAGUUUGUGCAACCACAUCUGUAGAAUCUGCAAUCCGUGCCUGCACAUAUCCACUGUUUUGUUUGAAACCAUUCAAUAGAACCUCUAAGGAUUCAACGUGUCCUGGACCCACAAAUCGACAAAUCGAGUUUAUCAGGAAAACUACUGUCCGAGAGUACACACCACACAUGCAAAUGUUUGCGACACCGACAAAAUGCAGUGUCUGUAACGUGGUUAUGUCUAACUGGUCAUUGAUACAAGUCGCCACUCACGCAUUUUCUGUGGAUCAUUUGAACCAGUUGAAAUCUAGUGGAUCUGCGUUUUAUACAGAAGACUUUGAAUGGUGGAUAAAUAAAUUGAACCAAACAACUUUUCUACGUGUUCCUUAUACUCCGUCUCAGCCUACGAAUUGUUACUUGGGUGGUUUGAAGAAAGUGACCCGUUAUUCUAUGCAGUCUUUGGGAGAUUCAAUUCAUUUGACCGAGACGGAACAAGCAUGGAUUGCCAACGUCGCUGAGAGUAAACUAGAAAAUCCUAAUACUAUGGUGGGAAUAAUGAUAAAGUUCGGCUGCUGUGUCCACUGUAAUCUUUGGUUCUUAAAACCUUUGGAUGCUAUCCAUCACUUUCUCUCCGAUCAACAUUUCGCAAAAGUAAAGGGCCACUGCUCUUAUGACCAGAGACAGGUCAAUAGCAUUUUGGAUAUUGUAAAAAACAACCAAAAAGAUUCUAAGAAGUGA